AUGAACUCAAAUAUUGCAUUGAUCAUCUCAAGCAAUCUUGUUGAAUUGAUUGUACCAUCAAUUUACGAAUUAUCACAUAUUCAGAUGAUAUAUAUUCAUAAUACUAAUAAUUCGAAAGAGAAAUGUGAGUUGAUAAAGCAAUUAUCAUCGAAAAUUGUCGACAUCUAUGAUAAUAUAAAUCAAUUGAUAGUAAAAUUAUUUAACGAUAAUCUUUUUCCAUCAUUACCUAUCAGUAUUAUUAAUCCUCAGACGAUUAAAGAAACAUCUAUUAGAGAUUUAACAAAUGAACAAGCAACAUUCAUGUGGUUUCAAUUAUUAUUAGAAAUUCUCUUACAAAUGCCGCAAACAAUAGAUUCAAAAAAUGAAAUGAUGAAUGAAUGUUUGCUCAAUUAUGAAAAUGACGAAAUAGAAAAAAAGAAAAUUAUUGAAUUUCAACAAACAUAUUCGUCUGAUACUUGUAUUCGUUGGUACACACGUGAUACGUUUUUGUAUCGUUUAUUAAAUAGAGCAUUGCGCACUCAAAAUAUAAACAAUAUAUUUAAGUUUCGUUUUUUUAUUAAAGAUCUUUAUCAACAAUUAGAAAAUCUAGCAGCAAAUAACGAAAUGAAUACUAGUGUUUCAAUUAUGUAUCGUGGACAAAUGAUAGCACGAGAAGAGUUACAGAAAUUGCAAGACAACAUAAAUGGACUUAUAUCGGUAAACACAUUUUUUUCAACAACUUUAUCUUGUAAUGUUGCUACUGAUUUUUCUGGUAAUGGCAUGGGUCGUCCUCAAUUCGAAUCAGUUGUAUUUGAAAUAAAUGUAAAUCAAAAACGACUAACAAAACCAUUUGCUCAUAUUCACCAUUAUUCAUAUAAUACUGAUGAAAACGAAGUAUUGUUUUCAAUGGGUACAAUAUUUCGUAUUGAUAGUAUCGAAUUAUUAACUGAUGAAAUAUGGUUUGUAAAACUAAUAUUGAAUGAAGAAGAAGAUAAAAAUUCAAGUGAUUUGAUUAAUCAUUUUAAAAAGGAAAUUAACCAAACUGAACAUCAUUUAAUGACAUUGGGAAAAUUCUUAUAUUUAAUGGGUGAUUUAGAUAAAGCAGAAAAAUAUUAUCGCCUUUUUCUUGAUCAAAUAUUGUCAUCAAAAUUACUGUUCGAUAAUACUUAUCAUCAUAAUGAAAUGAUUGCAAUGCUUUUUAAUGAUCUUGCUUUAGUAUAUAAUGCCAGAGGAAAUUUUGAAUUAGCCUUAAAAAAUUAUCAGCAUGCUCUUGAUAUUUAUUUAUCAUUGGAACCAAUGAAUCCAAUUUCAAAUACAGCAAUCUAUAGUAAUAUUGGAAAUGUUCUUAUCGAAUUGGGUGACUAUCAGAAAGCUUUUAAGAUGUAUAAUACAGCACUUGAACUACGAUUGCUCUAUUCUUCGAUUAUUCAAGAUGAGCCUGGUCUCGCACAAAUCUAUAAUAAUAUAGCUGUUUGUUAUAAUCAAAAUGGUCAGUAUAAUCGUUCAAUUGAAAACUUUGAAAAGUCAAUUAAUAUUAAACUAAAAUAUUUGCCUUCAAAUCAUCCAUCACUUGGAAUAACCUACAGUAAUCUGAGUGACCUAUAUAGAGCAAAUGGUGAUUAUGAAAUGGCAUUGAAAUAUUGUCAGCAAGCACUUGAUAUUCAUGUGUUGGUAUUACCAAAAGAUCAUAUAGAUCUUGCAACAACAUAUAAUGCUAUGGCUAACAUAUAUAUUGAUAGUGGAAAUUCAAUAAAAGCUAAAGAAAAUUAUGAGAAAGCACUUGAAAUUAUAUUAAAUCAAAUGCUGCAACAACAUCAACUCUUAAAUACUAUCUAUAAUAAUAUUGCCAAUAUUUAUAUGAAUGAAUGUCACUAUGAACUUGCAAUCAAAUACUAUAAACUUGCACUUGAUAAAAUUGACUCUUCAAACUUAACAAAUCAUGCUGUUAUUUACAAUAAUCUCGGAGAAAUUUAUCGUAAAAUUGGUAAUUAUAUGGAAGCAUUAAUUAAUCAUAAAAAAGCGCUUGAUAUUCGAAUGACAUUGUAUCCUUCGCUUGAUCAUAUUGAUCUUGCACAAUCAUAUCAUAACGUUGGAAUAGUAUUUUGUGACAAUGGACAAUACGACACAGCUUUAGAUUGCUUUAAGUCGGCACUUGACAUCAAAGAAAAAAUAUUGAAUCCUAACCACUCAUCUAUUGCUAAAACAUACAUGAACAUUGCUGAAAUAUAUCGAAAACAGUGGAAUUAUAUUGAAUCAUUGAAAUAUAAUGAGAAGGCGUUGAAAAUUGAAAAACAACAAUCACCUCUUAAUAAUUCGGACUUGGCAACUAUUUAUAACAAUAUUGGUUUAACAUAUUUGGACGAAAAUAAUUUUAUAUUAGCGAUGGAAAAUUUUCAACAGUCACUUGAUCUAAAAUUGAAAUCAUCCGAUUCAAAUGAUUUAUCACUUUCAAUGACAUAUAUAAAUAUAGCAACAGUUUAUAGUGAAAAAAGUGAUUAUACAAGUGCAUUAGCUUAUUUACAACGAGCUUUAAACAUUAAAUUGCAACAUCUUCCACCUAAUCAUUUGGAAUUUGGUUUAUUAUAUAAUAAUAUUGGAGCAAUAUAUUUGAAAGCUCAACAUUUUAUUGAUGCAUGUGAAAGUUUUAAGCACGCGUUAGGCAUUUAUUUACAAAAUCCAUUAUCAAAUACGUCUGAAAUUGCAACGAUAUUCAGUAACAUUGGAGCAUUGUAUCAAUUAAAUGGUGAAUAUAAAUUGGCCAAAGAAAACUAUGAAAACUCAUUAUUAUAUGACUUAAAAUCGUUACCAGAAGAUCAUCCAAGUAUUAUACAAACCAAACAGCAAAUAUCAUUGAUCGAUACACUUCUCUGA